AUGACUGAGGUAGCGGGGCUUCUCGUCAGCGUUGGUGGUCUUACCGAGAUUGUGGGACAAAUCACCAGACUCAGUUAUACCUACGUAUCCGACAUCAAAUCUGCUCCCAAAACACAAAAGCUAUAUCUCCAAGAGCUGUUAGCGCUCACAGAUGUGCUUUUUCGGGUAGAAAGGGCUAUCCGAGAGGCAGAAACUACCGGUUUAAAACUGUUCUCGUUCCCAAAUUCGCUCAAUGAUGAGGCUCUUCGAGAGUGCCGCCGCCACUUGUCGGUCCUUCAUCUCGAUCUCGACAAGCGACUGCACCGCCUCUUAUGGCCAUUCCAAGAAGACGAGUUCCAAAAAUAUAUUGAUCUUUUGCAUCGCUACACAGCUCUCUUUGUCGAUUUUCUUUCAAUAAAUAUGAUGUUCGAAGACCCAUCUCCUCUCCGAGGCAAUCACUUGCAAAGUCAACUAAUUUGUAGCAGGUCCGUUGCCAAAAACAUUACAGCGAUCGACCAAGAGCAAAUCAGGCAGCAUCUUUACUCGCUUUUCCCGGCAUCCGAUAACCUUUUACGCUCCAAACCAGAUGUUUGUCCUGGAACCGGCGAAUGGUUUUCGAACUCACAAGAUGUGGAGAGCUGGCGUAUUGGAGCCCCAUCGCUGCUCUGGUGUUACGGAGCCCCUGGUGUCGGGAAAACGCUACUUUCAUCAAUCACGAUUGGCCGCCUAUGUGAUACGAGAUUAGAGACUACAAGCUCCGUGGUAUACGUAUUUUGUCAGUUUUCAUCGCGGGAGCAACAAACCCUGACAGCAAUUUUGCAAUGCAUGAUCCGACAAGUAAUCGAGCAAGCAGAUGAAAAGGUGCUUGUCACAAUGAAACAUCUUUUCGCGGACCCAAUGAAGCAGCGCGACCAUGCAGGACUCGCUGAAGCAUUUGCAGCAGCAUCUGAGCUGAAGUCGACCUACCUUCUAAUUGAUGGCCCCGAUGAAAUGAUUGGAGCAGAUGGUUUACUCCCUUAUCUGCCUUGCUUUGUUGAAAGUGGGUGCAAGGCAAUGGUCACAAGCCGAGACAUUAGCCAUAUCAGGAAGGCGAUGAAUUCUGCAACCAAGAUGGAGAUAUGUUCGCGAUCUGAAGAUCUAGAGAUCUACAUCGGCUCUCGCUUUCAAAAGAACGAACUUCCUCAGGGGGCACAAAAAUUGAUCAGACAAAUCACGGAAAAGUCGGGAAAUGUGUUUUUACAUACCAAGCUUAUUCUGGAUGAGAUCUUGGAUCUCACAACUGUUGGUCAUAUGCAAGACGCCCUCGAAAAACAGUCAACGGGGCUGAACCAAGUGUAUAAAUCAAUACUAGAGCGAAUUGACAUGCAACCAAGGGCAAGAAGGGAACUUGCUCGGCGAUUUAUCGGAUGGGUUGUCUUUGCGAAGAGACGUUUGAAAAUCGAUGAAGUAAUUCAUGCCUUCGCCGUUGAAGAUAUGGAUUAUAUUGAGGAAGCCAAGUUCGUCAGUCCUGACCUUCUUCUUCGAUCGUGUGUUGGUCUAGUGGUGUUACACGAUGACAAGACUGUUGCAAUGGUGCAUGCGACGGCUUACGAAUUUUUCGCAUCCACGGUGUUGUUACCGCGUGACAUGGAGACCGACAUCGCAGAGACAUGUCUACGGUACAUGUGUCUCAGUCUGUUCAAGGAAGGGCCAUGCACAAGUCGCGUGAAGAUGGCUCGCCGCUUGCGUGAAAUGCUGUUUCUAAACUAUGCCUCGCAGAAUUGGGCAAGACAUCUCAAAAAGAUAGAAAAUGUGGAGGAAGAUCUAAAGUCACUUGUUCAGUCUUUCAUUUGCAACGAGAGACUCCUGAAUGCCGCCCUUCAAGCAUUACAUUUCAGUAUUGAGCUUGAAGAUGAUCUCCCGGAGUCUCUUUUCGAUUCAAUCCCUCAAAAUCAAACGGCAUUGCAUGUCGCAGCUUAUUGGAAUCUUACGGGAACCCUCAGCACAUUGAUCGACGCAGGACCCAGUGCAUCUCUAGCAGAUAGUCAUGGCUGGACACCUCUCCACUACUCUUGUGCGAACCGUCAUUUUUCCUCGGCCGAAAUACUCGUGAGAAGCGGAGCGGAUAUCGAUGCCGCAGACCAUCAAGGGUGGACCCCUCUUUUCUGGGCGUCAUUCACUGGAAGUUUGGAGAUUGUUCGUCUUCUUCUCUCCAAGCACGCAGACUAUAGGAAGCGUAGCAUAUACGGUUGGACUGCACUACACUGGGCUAUAUCCCGCGGCGAAACCGACGUGGUUUUGGAGCUUGCGCGUCAUCAUAAAACGCAGCUGUCGCGUGUUACCAAGGCUGAUAUUCGGGCCAUCAGUGUCGAUGAUGUGAGACGAUUCAACACGCCGGAGAACACUUCACCACUACAAAUAGCAGCUGAGGGCAAGAAUUAUUUGAUAUUCGACUUGCUUGUGUCUCACUUUGAAGCGCCAGCUUCUACCGAACAGAAAGAUUUCGAGGAAAUCUGGUCCAGAGAGAGCCUCAAAGUCCAUGUUUCUGAGAGCACUUGGCAAAACUCGAUCUAUACAAUACUAAGCGGAGAGCCAAUGCCUCCGGCGGAUUUAAUUGCCGGGGAGAUAUACGUAGAAGAGAACCCGUACACCUACUUCAGGCAUGAACUUGUGAAGGAAGAUACAUCAGCAUGGAAGUCAAUUCUACUUGGCUCUGCCAUCCAAGAUGCAGAUCUCCAGGCAGCGAAGCUGUACCUCGAGCUUGGUGCAGAUUCGACUUACGUUUCUGAACAGGGAUCGAUGUUGGUCGUCGCUGCGCACCAGAAAGACCCACGUUUUAUACAACUCCUGCUGGAAAGGGGUGCCAAAGGACUACAGAACGAAACAGGCGAGUCUGCACUGAACACCGCUAUAUCCUGCGGAAACUUGGAAACAGCGAAAGUCAUCCUCGAAAGUGACCUUGUUCGGGGAAAUGAGGUUUAUCAGAGCGAAGGGCCUUUGCACACAGCCGCGGAUCAACAAGAUCCCCAGUUCGCAUUGCUUUUGUUAUCUAAAGGGGCACAGGUUGAGCUCCAAAAUUUCCGUCAGGUGACUGCCCUGGACAUCGCAGUGGCGAAGGGAUUCGUCGAGACAGCACAAGCUUUGAUCGAUGGUGGUGCGGACGUCAACCAUUUGUCGCAGGUCUCGUACACGGGUGAAUUGCAAACCUGUCUGAUGAGCGCCAUUUCGCUUGCCGGUGGGAACAAUAAGGAGCCGGAAAAGAGGGCCUUGGGAAUUGUAAUGGCUCGCAUGUUGCUUUCAAACGGGGCGGAUCCCAGCUUCCAAGAUGAAGAAGGCAAGACUGCUUUGCAUGUGGCGGCAACGUGUCGCAGUGUGGAAUGCAUCGAACUUUUGAGGGCGGCUGGGUCUAGCGUCGAGACUGUCGACAAGAGUGGGCGGACUCCAAUUCAUACCAUGAUAGAAUCUGCGGAGAUGAGCUGGAAUGUGGAAAAGGUGGAAGAGGUGGAAGCAGUUCUUCGCCUGCUGCUCCGAGGGUUAUCAGAAGAUUUGGUCAUCACAUUACUGGCCCAAGAAACGUGUCAAUCCAUUGGUUCUGACUCUUCGGGCGCCAAAAUCGUUGAACUAGACACGCCGUUGACCAGUGUGUUGAGGCGGAAAUAUUGGAAUAUAGCUCAUCUGUUGAUGACCUUUGGAGCGCAGCCCCCCACCGGCCCUUGUUUUCGGUCUAUUUUAAUGGAUGCGGUCGGCGCCCUUGAACAUCAGAUUGUGGAAAGCCUUAUAGGGAAUGGGGUGUCACCAGGUGAUGAUGCUGUUUUGGAAUUGGCAAAGGAUGUUGCCGACCGACUUGGCAACCAUUACUCUCUGCUUUCUUCACCGCGCAGGGACAAGGGUAGGGGAAUUAUAUCUAUGGCUGCACUGAGGCGUAUGACAGAAAAGGCAAGAUUUCCAACCCUUCGAGUCCUUUCGUCCGAGGAAAUUACGCAGGCCUUCCAGCGGAUUCUGGUCAGUUUGGCGUCGGCGGGCGCAGACGUGAACUUCUGUGACCCAGAAGAAAACAAAACUUCUCUUCUCCUUGCAGUUGAAAGGGCUCCACUUGCUCUGGUUACGACCGCUCUAUUAGAGAUUGGUGCUGAUUGCUUCCAUUCUGAAAAUGCAUUUGAUCCUAUUUUGACGGCUGCGGCAGUCAACAAUAUAGAGUCACUGCGUUGCCUAUUAGCUCAUACCUCAACCUCGCCAAAGCCGGAGCAUUGGACCCAACAUCUGGAGUGUCAGAGCCAGCUGAGCGACAAAGAGAUCUUCAACUGUAUAUGUCUGGCUUUGAAACGCGCCGAGAAGCUAGACUACCAGUACUCAAAUGGUCAAACAUUGCUGCACCUCGCCGCAGAAAUAGGGAACCUCGAUUUAGUCCUCAGCUUGACCUACCAUGGUGCUCGUGCAGAUAUACCAGAUGAAGAUGGCUUCUUUCCCAUCCAUCGUGCUGCGUAUGAAAUUUCGUUAUAUGCCUUGGAUGAGGAUGGCGAACAGCACCGGCAUUCUCAUCAUGAUAUAGUACAGCACCUUCUUCCGAUGAAUAUGGUGAAACACAAUUCCGAUCAUCAUUGGGGCACGAUACUUUGGCGCGCUUUGGAAUAUCGCGACGAGAUCAUGUUUCUGUAUCUUCUUGAACUCGAGAACGAUUUCAACUCGUGUGCCGCACUUUCUCCAGGUCACCCGUCACUUCUUUACCAUGCAUCUGUUCGUGGGUUGGAAAAAGUAGUAUCUUUCUUACUGGAAAGCAACGUUGAUAUUGAAAUGGCUGACAACUGUGGAUGGCGUCCACUGCAUGGCGCAUCACACCGUGGUCAAACCGCAAUAGUUGAGAGACUGAUUACUGCCGGAGCUAGCGUCUGCGCUUCCACAACAAAGUUCCACGAGGAUUCCUUUACGGGUGCCGAUCAUGGCGGGGAAUUAUGGAAUGGCCAUCCUCUCCAUUUGGCCGUAAUAGAGGGCAAUGUCGAAAUGGUUGAGCUUCUUUUGAAGCACGGUGCAGAUGUGGGUGCAAACACACGAUGCUUCAAAAGCCUCGAUGGAAGCAUACGUGGACCGACUGCACUUCAUAUAGCACUAGACCCACGAGCAUGGCAUUUAGAAGAUUUAGAAGACGAGGAAGAUCGUCACGAAAACUAUUUGAAGAUUGCUAGAAUGCUGAUUGAAAAGGGGGCUUCUGUGGAAGGUGUCUUGGAUCAAUUGCAUGUGAACGAUGUUCCAAAGUUCGAGGGGUAUGAAGAUGUCUGGGAUAAGAUUCGAGGCUAUACAUAA